CGUCAGUCGCCGCGAAACAAGUGAAUAAUAACGUUCUCCCUCAAAGGAAGCUCUUAAAAAUCUCUGAAAAUGUUUUACUUCCCGACUGUUCUGCAGCGACACAGCGGGUGUUUUGCCACAAUAUGGCUGGUGGCGACAAAGGGCAUCAACGUUCCCCGUCGUCAAAUCCUGCAGGUCAACGUGGCCCAAACCUGUGAAGACAUCAUGGACUACGUGCUGGAGCGGGUCCAGCCUCCCCGACCUGAUCUUCCUCCUCCUCGAUUUUCCCUCUACCUGUCCGCCCAACUCCAGUAUGGCGUGGUGGUGGUCUACCACCGCCAGUGUACCAUGUUUCUGGAGGAACUUCAGACCUUCAUACAUCGCCUGUUCAAAGACAAAGGCAUUCAACGGAUUGACCUGACUGACAAUGUACCACCGCUGCUGCUCAAGGAUGCUCUGACCUUCAUGCUGGAGACCGACGGAGCUCCUGACCCAUUGUUUGGAAGGAUGCAUGACUUGAUGCCCAGCCCCAGAACUGUCAUUGAGAUGGAGAGGAGCAGACUCAGAGAAGUUUCUCCUGAAGAAAGUGCGCUGAUCCAGGCUAGUCCGGCUUCUGCUGUGUCCCAGAUGAGUGACUUCACUGCAGCUCCAGAGGCCAUCACUCUCAAAGAGUCAGAGCCGGCCACUGUCCCUUACCCAGAGUUUGCGGGCGAUGAGCUCCCGGAGGGUGGGCAAGAUAUGGUCGACUUCCUGUUGGAGCAAGAAGAUUUCUUCUCAGAGGAGAAUGGAACUGAGACGGAGCAGAGAAAGGAGGGAACUGAAGAAAUCAUCACAGCCAACCAGGAUCCAGGGGCCACUCUGCCUGCUGUUGAGGAGACCACGCAGUUACCCCAGGGAGAGCUGGGUCUCACUGCGGAGCCCCCACGACCCCUGCCUGAACAUCUCACCCAAGAGUCUCACCCCCCUGAGCCUCCCUCACCUGGAGCAGAGGGCCGUGAAACAGGGAUACUGGAGUCACAGGAGGUGGCUCCAACUGUGGUGAAGAAGAGGCCAAGGGAGCUGGUCUUAUUCCCUACGGAGACGCAGCUCUCUUACCAGACCAUGAAGGAGCAGAUUCAGAACCCGCUGACUGAAACCAGAUGUCCCCUGCUGCUCCCACCUCCGUCUCACCUGAGGAUCCCGGCUGCAGAGCUCUUCAGAAAGCCCUGCACCUUCCUGUCGGAGGAUGCGCUGUCUCUAUGGAGACAAGCAGCCACCAUCACACCUGUCUCUGCAUCAGACCUGCCGGUCAGAGGCAGAGCUCCCGAGUCCAGUGAGAAGGAGAGGGCCACGAAGCAACAGGAACCAGAGGGACCGGAAUUCUCAAGUGACCUCUGUCUGCCACACAUGGAAAGCUCCGACCCACCUGAGGUGUCCAGGGAGAUGUUGUCAGAGAAGGGGGCGUCGGUCAGCUCCAGAACUGGGACUCUGCUGGAGGACAUCCCAGAGAUGACCACAGAGCAAGCUUUAAACAGUGAAAAGGAUUUUCGGACCUCUUUAUUUGUCCACCCUGAGACAUCUGGAUACCCCAUCCUGCCUGAAGACCAGGCGACACCUGUGACCUUCCAGUCUCUCCUGUCUCCGAACACCAGCCGGAGGACUGUCGCCAGGGCUUUCCGCAAUCUGCUGGGGAUUGUGGAGAGCGGGACGGUGACGGUGGAGCAGACACAGCCCUAUGGAGACAUCAUCAUAUCCCCUGGCGUGAGCUCCCAGUCUGCUCAAGUGUAGUCACCAGUUUCACCUCUGCCUUGUUUGAAAUGUUAGCAAUGUAGUUUCCACCUGAAAUCAACCAGGUUUGUAUGAAAUUUCAGAGCGCAGUUGUUGAUGCACUGUUUGAAGAGAGAUAGGUUGUUGUUUUCUCAGCUUCGUGUGCAGUGAAGUGCAGUUCUGGUAAAAAUUCAACUUCAAAUAAAGUAGU